CUGACAGCUGUUUCGGAGUACAUCUCAGUGCAAGUGUUGACAAAAAUAAAUGGAAUAAAAAGUCGAUUAUCAGCGAAACCAAUUUAUUACUAUUCUCUGUGAUCACCAGUAUAAUAUACAGUGUAGUGAACGCUAGAUUGUGUAUUCUGUGAGCUGUGUUAUAUAGUGAAACUUAAGCAAUUGACGAGCUGCGAUUUUACAACUACCCACCAGAAUAUUAAUAUCUGAGGGAAGACACUACAUAAAGUUUUUCGAUACUAACGCCAUCUGUUAAUUGCCCCCGACAACACCUAACACUUAGUUAAAAAUGCCGGGCACUAAAUGCGGAGGUUGCGGGCGCUUUAUAUCGACGCAGGACGGCGCUAAAUGUACCAAAUGCCAGGAAAUAUACCAUAGGGCAUGUGUUGGCAUCCCCACAAAAUCUGGUAUUGCUCAGGGAUGGCGUUGUCCGGAAUGCAAGAAGCAUAUUGCCCGAGAUAACCGGACUGAAACCCCAGUCAGGGGUUCCGCGCAGAGCCCCUCUGCCGACACCAACAAAAUGACUGCCAUGGCAGACUCUGGUGAGCCGAGGAGUCCUCGGGCAGGAGCUGAGGGGGGGCUCUCGCUUGCUUCCUCUGCUCCUCUUCUUGGUUUGUCUGUUGCGGCGGAGACGAACUUGCAAAUGAUUGUUGUGGAGCUUAGGGCAGUGCGAGAAGAAAUUAAGGGCUUUAGAAAGGAGAUGGAGGUGGAGAUGUCGCGACUUGGGGCCGCAUUGGGUGUAUGUAGCGCUCGCGUAGAUGGUUUGGAGGCCAGGUUGGACGUACUGGAGCUGCGAGCCACCGCCACUACAGUCUCUUCGGGCUCUUGUAACCUGGACCGGGUCGUAGAGGACUUGAGGAGGGAAAUCAACGAUAGAGAUCAGGACCUCCUCGUCAAUGAUGUCGAAGUUUCAAACUUGCCGGAGACAAAGUCGGAAAACCCGGUUCAUAUUGUAAAGGCGAUUGGCCGCAAGCUCGGAGUUAAUUUCGAGGACUGUGACAUCGUCAGCGCGGAGCGCAUCGGCGGGAGACAGCUCAACGUAACAAGCUCGGCGGGUCCGACCGAGUCUCGUCCGCGACCGCUUGUCGUGCGCCUUGCUCGCAGGGACUUGCGUGAUAAGCUUCUGACGGGCGCGCGAGUUCGGCGCGGUGCGACAACUGACGACUUAGACAUGCCCGGCCCAGCGCAGCGCUUCUUCGUUAAUGAGCGGUUGACAAAAGUCAACCGGCAGUUAUUUCGGAGGGCGCGGGAUGCCGCUAGCCUCCUCAAGUGGAGGUUUGUCUGGACCAAGCAGGGCCGCAUCUUCGCUAGGAGGGAGCCUGGAGACAAGGCGCAGAGGAUCCGCACGGAGGAAGAUUUCUCCAGAAUCUUCGGUACUGAAAUCGAAAUGGCCUAAAUACAGUUUCUGUUGUGUGGAUCACUGUUUUAAUGUUUUAUUUUUAGAGAUGGACAACAUUUGUAC